AUGAAUGAAGCUUCCAGGGAUUUAGUUUCACAGCAUCCAUUGUAUCUCGCAAUGUCUAAAUGCGUUGAAGAUGAAUUAGAGAUGUACGGUUAUCGUGAUUUUUAUCCAGGUUGGAGAGUGAUGACAGUUGAUUACCGGAUUCUAAUUCACGAGUUGUUUAAGGUUGAUAAUCAAGAAAUGGAUCAUUUUAUUUCAAGAGUUCAAACUCGAUAUCUGGAGUUUCUUAUAGACUUAAGGAGAAGCUACCCACACCAUGUUAAGAGGCUAUUCAGGCUCAUUUUGUCGCUUCCUAUGUGUGAAUAUGAAAUAGAGAAUAAGAGUAAUUCUUCGAGUAGUGGUAAUAAAGGAAGCUCUAAUAAUUACAUCAAACAAUUUCCCUAUUUUAGGUGCGGUAACAAUUAUUUGACAGAAAUGGGGGAUGACGAAGUGGCCAUCACUAUAAGGGAAAUUUUCCGUCGAAUAGAGGAUAACGAUUUGGCAGACGCCCUUAUAGGUUUUGCUUUCCAUGAAUACGAAUUGAUUCCACUAGAAGGGGCCUUAGAAGGACCCUUUCGAGACGCUUUUAUUACAUAUUUGAUUCGCCCAAUAUGUAAAAUGUUGAAAAUUGCUUUAGACAUUGUAACGAAAGUUGAGACUGAACGACCAGCUACAUGGCACCGACCUUUACCUCUUAUUGUCGACUUCAUGUGUCGAACUGACAUAGUUAUUAGUAAAGGGAGCCUAGUGUAUUGUGUUACAGAGGUUAAAAAGUAUCCUCUAUUGCCUGACUAUAAUGGCAAGCCAUUAGACGGAAUAAGAAGCAUUUUUUCAGAUCAAAAGGAAAUAAUGAAACAGCUAAUCUGCGAGAUGCUUUAUUUCAAGACUGACAAGGGAAUACUUACAGACUCUUAUGUCGUUGUGUUUGUGGAACUAGACCUUGAUUCUUUCGAACGGAACGUUCACAACCUGAGACCAGUGAAAAUGGGCAACGAAUCAAAAAAAAUAGUUCCAAUUAAGUAUCUGAUUCGAAACUGCCACUCGGCUAAACCCACGUUGCGAGAAUCACUAUUGGCGUACAUCUAUAAAUCAGUCGAGGAAGAUUCGAAAAUGAUAAUCAAACAAGAAAGGGUUCGCAGAUUGGAAGAACAUCUAAAGCUAUCUGGAGAAGCAUUGACGGACGCGAUCUUGAGUGAAGAAAGCCUGAACCUGUCGGAAGGUUCUGGAAGUCGCCCAAGCACAAGAGGUACGAACAUGUCCGUGUUCGAAUCUAUUAGUGAGGAGACCGAACAAGCGAAAGAGGGAGAAGCAGAUGAAAUGCCUAUCAAUAUGCCUAAGAACAGUAACUACGUUUUAAUGCAAAAUUCAGAUGUAUUUAAUGCACAAUUAGUUAAACUAGAGGCUAUAUGUUUCAAGAGAUUCUUGCUAGAACUGAUCGAUGACAACACAACUCUAGUUGCAAAGGUGUAUGACCCGCGCAUGGUUAACAGAUAUGAAUUUAAAGGUUAUUCUUUUGAAGAAAAGAAAGACGUGUGUUAUGAAUGGUACCGCACUGAAAGAUUAUGCUAUUCAAUCUUGUCCAAAGACCCUGAGUUCAAUAGUUGCUACGUUCGUCAAAAGAUGGGGCAGGUCAUGAUUACCAUGGACAAACUGUAUGUUGCGAAAGGGCACUUCAACCUUUUUCGAUAUAUCGAGAAAGCCCCGUUACCGAAAGACCGGGAAACAUAUGAGAAGGCUAGGAAACAAUUGGAGGUGAUUCACCGGAACGGAAUUGUACACAGGGAUAUUAAAGAAGACAAUAUUCUCUGUACAAAAGAAGGGCAAGUAUACAUCAUUGAUUUUGCACUUUCUAGGCCCAAUGUUAAUAUUUAUGAUAGUGGACUGGAGCAGCAAGAUUUUAAUGCUUUAGAACGUGUGUUUGUUUGA